AUGUUGUUUUUCAGGUAUAGAGAGAAUGUGUCUUCGCAGUGUUUUACUAAACUCGAGGACAGGCCCACAUACCCCAAUUUCCUGAAUACCAAACGGUGGGUAUUUGUGAAAAAUGGACUGGAUGACUUCAGGUAUGGCUGCCCUCCUUGUGAUAAUAUGAUCACUCGGGGCCUUCCGGAGCAUCCCCAGACUUAUCCCAAAGCUCCAAAGAAUCAGCUCAAGCUGUUCAAGGAGGCGACCCUGUUUUCCAAGCUCUCGCCGGCCCAGCUGGCCCGGAAGGCGUUCCUGGAGGACAUCGAGGCCCAGCUGACCCCGCACCCCCUGGCUCGCUAUCCAGACCUGGAAAAAAGCGUGUCUCCAGAGCUCUUAAAAAAGGUGCUUGAAGUGCUGGAUCCUGAGAAGAAACUGGAGGACAAAUGGGCUUAUUGUGAGGGCGUCAAGGAAAAGCCGAAGGAACCCACAAAACGGCUUAAAAAACGUCCCACCCAGGACCCCCCGGUACUUUCCAAGAAGACUCCUCGGCCGCGUCUGGGCCAGUCGCUGCAUGAAGAGAAGAAGGCCGUCGAGAAGGAGUUGCUCAAGGAAGACGGUCCUGACCCGUACGAAAACGUGCGCAAGACCGUUAAGGACUUCUGCGAGUGGGCCACCUCGAUUGGCAGCUCGAAGAUUGAUGAGGAAUACAUCAUGAAGCAGUUUGAAAUUAACUAUGACAGCAAAUCAGCUCUCGGUGGGGUCCACGCGAUGAGACUUGACCAGGUUCCCCUGGAAUUAAAGAAGGGCGAAAGACUCGGCAAAAAGCAGGAGUCAGAAUUUUUCCAGGAAACAGAGCGGAAAACUCAGAAUCAUUCUAAGCCAAAGUACGUGAAGAUGAGAUACGGAGCCUGGUAUCUGAACCCCAAGGAGUGGAAGAGGCAGCCGGUAGAUGAGCCUUUGGUUGACCCCAAGGUCUUACGUAAAGCUCAAGAUGAGAACGCGAGAAAGGAGCAGAAGAGACAGGAUGAAGAGUUUGCAAAACUUCGUGGACCAGUUGCCUUUAAGGAAUUCAUUCAAAGGAAGGGCUACAGGAUGCCAAGUUUCCUUGAGAAUAUAAAUAUCAAGAACGAUUGUAACUGCGAUUAUAAUAAGACUCGUNUCCACCUGGACUUCGAGGACGUCCGCAGGUCAGAUGUGCAGGCUGAACGGUGGUGUGGUGGGAGCGAGCACACCGUGCCAUUUGUUGUGUCUCCAGUUUCUGGUCAAGCCCAGUCCCAUACAGAAAACUUCCCCUUGAUCAUGAGAAGCAAUAUAAUUUGCGCCAAGGGGCAAGUCAAGACUGGUGUCUCCGAGGGAGAACAGGUCGAUGCCACAGAGUUCCUGGCUCGGCUGCAAACCCCUGGGGGCCCUGUGCUCUGCUUCGCUUUCUGCACCUGCCAAAGCUGCUGUGUGCCACAGGUGCUGCAAGCCCGCCGGAUUCUCUGGAUCAGGGGCAGAGCUUUCUGGACCAGCCAAAAGCCUCCUCUUGCUUCAGGCUGCCCUCAAGCUGGCAGCCUCUCAGAUUACCGAAGAAAAGAGCUGAAACAGCGCAUCUAUAUCUGGCCUCCAGAAUCCAAAGGGAAGUGCAAGUAG